AAUUGCAACAAAUGUGGGGAAGCAAUAACAAGUAGUCGUUCAGGAUGUACGGCACUCGAUCAAACAUUUCAUAUUGCUUGUUUUACUUGCAAAGAAUGUGAUAAACCUCUUGCUGGUGGAUCUUUUUAUAAUGUUGAUGGAAAGCCACUUUGUGAACAAGAUUAUAAGAAUACUUUGGAACGUUGUUCAAGUUGUGGUGAACCGAUAAUGGAUAAAUUAUUACGAGCAUCUGGCGGCACCUAUCAUCCAGCAUGUUUUGUAUGCACUAUCUGCAAAAAAUGCUUGGAUGGCAUACCAUUUACAGUGAAUUCUUCGAAUCAAAUUCAUUGCGUCGAGUGCUUCCACGAAAAAUAUGCACCACGUUGUGCUGUAUGUUCAAAGCCGAUAAUACCUGAAGAUGGUGAAAAGGAAUCAGUUCGAGUCGUGGCAAUGGAUAAAAGUUUUCAUGUCAACUGUUAUCGGUGUGAAGAUUGCAAUUUACAACUAAGCUCUAAACUUGAAGGCCAAGGGUUAGCUUUUUAUAUUCGCUUAUUGAGUUUAUUGAUGUGA